GACUUGGAAGGUGUAGACUGGAAAAUAGAUCCCCUGCUAGACGCCUCAUCUGGCGCAUCGCAGAGGGUGUCCGGGUGUCUAGUGGUCAGCUCGGAUUUUCCUGAUGCACAGAAUAAAACUGGAUUGCACUCCAAAAUUUCCACAACGCACAAUCUGAUGGAAGAUCAAGCUUUAAUUAAAACUAACCAAGUUGCACGCAUCUUAACAACGAGGGACUCUGAAAUGAAUAACAAACAAAAAGAUCUCACAGACACUGAUAUUUAUACACCCACAGAUCAUAUACCGUAUACAUCUCAUAUUAAGAAGGAAUCGGCCUCAUGUGACAGAGGAGACCUCGCACACACUGAUAAUUAUACUCCCACAUAUCAUACACAGUAUACAGCUACUCGUAUUAAGCAGGAAUCUGCCUUUCCUGAAGAAGGGAAUGUCACAGACAUUUAUACACCCACGGAUCAUGCAGAUUAUAUAUCUUUUAAUAUUAAGGAGGAAUCUGUCUCCUCAGAAGAAGGAAAUUUCACAGACACUGAGAAUUAUACUCCCACAGAUCAUACACAGUAUCCAUCUGCAAAUAUUAAGGAGGAAUCCGAUUCAUGCGAUGGAGAAAACCUCACAGACACUGAGAAUUAUGCUCCCACAGGCCAUACACAGUAUACACCAACGGAUGUUAAGGCAGAAUCGGCCUCUUGUGACGAUAAUGACAUAGACACUGACAGCUGUGCACACAUGGAUGAUACACCACUAGAAUUUAUCUGUGUUAAAAUUAAGGAAGAGUCUGCCUCAAGUGAAGAAGAAAACAGUGCGGACACUGAAAUGGAUUCAUCCACCCAUCAUCUACUGACAAAAAAUGCCUCUAGACGACAGAGACAGAAAUCCGCUGCUGCAGAAUCUCACAGAAUGUACAACUGCUCUAAAUGCGAUAAAACUUUCCAUAACUACUCUGACUUCACGGCGCACCAAACAGCGCACCCGAAAACGGAAAUAUCUUGUUCCGAAUGCGGAAAACUGUUUCCAUACAAAUCGCAGCUUAUUAGACACCAGAGGAUUCACACUGGAGAAAAGCCUUUUCCUUGCCCCGAAUGUGGGAAAUGUUUUACCUGUAAAUCAGAGGUUGCAAAACACCAAGUGACUCACACACGAGAAAAGUCCUACUCCUGCUCCGAGUGUGGGAAGCGGUUUAUGAGACAGUCCAGCCUUAUUAACCACAGGAUUACUCACACUGACGAGAAGCCAUUUUCCUGCUCUGAGUGUGGGAAAUCGUUUAAGUGGCAGUACAACCUUUCCCUACAUCAGAGGAUACACACAGGAGAGAAGCCCUAUGAGUGCUCCGUAUGUGGGAAGUGCUUCACCUGUAGGUCAAACCUUAUUUAUCAUCAGAGAACUCACACUGGGGAGAAACCUUUUACUUGUUCGAAAUGUGGCGUAUGCUUUGCGUUUAAACCGCAGCUCACUAGACAUGAGAAAACACACUUAUAAGAGCAACCCAUGUUUGUAUUGAUGAAUUACAGAUGUACCCGUUACCUAGACAUCGUGGAAUCAAGAUGCAACGCCAUGUAGCCGGCCUCAGUGAUAUCACUCAUGCCAAGCGAACCAUUGAAUGUUGGACAACAAAAUGGCCGACUGUGUAGCUAAUGGGUACACUUUUAUGGGCGUUCUAUGGCGUUUUAAGUCAAGAUGUGUUUGUAAACAUCAAGCUGAAUAAAAUAAUGUAACGUGUCUGAAAAAAAAAGGUUUCUACCAUCAUGCAACUUUAAUUGGAACGUUUAUUACCUAAUACCUUUUAUACUAAAUACAUUACGGCAUCUGAUUUUUGGGUGUACUUAUAACAUGAGUCUGUGUUAUUUUUAUUUCUCUGGAUUACUAUAAAGAGCUGCAUUAUCACUACAGUGUAAUUCUGUGUAUG